AAUUUCUUACUUUAGUGAAGUAGUGAUAAUUCACUGGAAUAGAUUCUCUCCUGCCUUCCUCAGCCCUUUAAGCUCCUGAUAUGGCACAUGGCACCCAGUAUUAGAGUUAGAUGAACAUGUGACUCUCUCCCAUUUUGCUCUGAGUUCUGUGAAGCCACCAUUGCUGCCUUUUUGUGUCUCCAGCAGUACCAGGUCUGGUAUGUGCCAAGCACUCAGUGCACUAGACCCUCAGCAUUCUCUAAUGACACAUCCUGGGUCUAUCAGGAACCUUCCAGUCAGUGACUGUCAUUAACUGCGACAUGAAUGUCGAACCGCUGGAAACCUCCAGCUAUGACAGGCUGUCACUCUCCUCUCAGCCCACGUCUCAGACUCCACCAGCCGCACGCUCUCCUGUUUAACAAUACAAUGACCCUCUUGGAAGUGAUGGCUGUGGGCACAUAGUGACCUAUCAGGACAGUGGCACAAUGACAUCUAAGAAUUAUCCAGGGACUUACCCCAAUCACACGGUUUGUGAAAAGAUCAUCAGAGUACCAAAAGGGAAGAAGCUGAUUCUGAGGUUAGGCGAUCUGGAUAUUGAAUCCCAGACCUGUGCUUCUGACUACCUUCUCUUCACCAGCAAUUCCGAUCAGUAUGGACCAUAUUGUGGAAGUAUGCCUGUUCCCAAGGAACUCCUAUUGACCACGAACGAGGUCACUGUGCGCUUUGCGAGUGGAUCCCACAUUUCGGGGCGGGGAUUUUUGCUGACCUAUGCGAGCAGUGACCAUCCAGAUUUAAUAACGUGCUUGGAACGCGCUAACCAUUAUUUGAAAACAGAAUACAGCAAAUUCUGCCCAGCUGGUUGUCGAGACAUAGCAGGAGACAUUUCUGGGAAUCUGGUGGAUGGAUACAGAGAUACCUCGUUACUGUGCAAAGCCGCCAUCCAUGCAGGAAUAAUCGCAGACGAGUUGGGCGGUCAGAUCAGCGUGCUUCAGCACAAAGGGCUAAGCCACUAUGAAGGCAUCCUGGCCAAUGGUGUACUCUCAAGAGACGGUUCCCUGUCCGACAAGCGAUUUCUCUUUACCUCCAACGGUUGCAGCAGAUCAUUGAGUUUGGAACCUGACACACAGAUCAGAGCUUCUUGGCAGUGGGUCAGUGAGAUGGGAGAACAAGUUCACUGGUCUCCUGGCCAAGCCCAAGUUCAGGGCCAAGACCUGUCAUGGGCUUCGGGGGACAGUGGCAAGAACCGUAAACAGCGCGAGUGGCUGGAGACCGAUUUGGGAGAGAAAAAGAAAAUAACGGGAAUUAUGACCACAGGAUCCGCACAGUCGAAUUUCAACUUUUAUGUUAAGAGUUUCGUGAUGAAGUUCAAAAACAGCAACUCCAAGUGGAGGACCUAUAAAGGAAUUGCGAGUAAUAAAGAAAAGGUGUUUCAGGGCAACUCUAAUUUUCGGGAUCCAGUGAGGAAUAAUUUCAUCCCUCCCAUCGUGGCCAGAUACGUGCGGGUUGUCCCCCAGACAUGGCACCAGAGGAUAGCCUUGAAAGUGGAGCUCUUUGGCUGCCAGGUCACACAAGGUAAUGAGUCGUUGGUGUUGCAUAAAACAAGUCCAAAUACUAUCGGUUCCACUGAAAGAGAAGAUGAGACGAUCACAAAAUCUGUCCCCUCUCCAGAAAUGCCCACAGGAAUAAACAUCACAGCUGUUGCUAUUCCGCUGGUGCUCCUUGCCGUGCUGCUUGCUGGAAUGGGAAUCUUUGCAGCCCUCAGAAAGAGGAAGAAGAAAGGAAAUCCAUAUGGAUCAGCUAAGGCCCAGAAAACAGACUGUUGGAAGCAGAUCAAAUAUCCCUUUGCCAGACAUCAGUCUGCUGAGUUCACCAUCAGCUAUGAUAAUGAAAAGGAAAUGACGCAAAAGUUAGAUCUCAUCACAAGUGAUAUGGCAGAUUACCAGCCGCCGCUCAUGAUUGGCACCGGGACCGUGACCAGGAAGGGCUCCACCUUCCGCCCGAUGGACACCGAGGCGGACGAAGCCGCGCCGAGCGCCGAGGCCGGCAGCCACUACGACUGCCCCCUGCCGGCCGGCCGCCACGAGUACGCCCUGCCCUUGACCCACCCCGAGCCCGAGUACGCCACGCCCAUCGUGGAGCGGCACGCGGCGCGGGCGCACGCCUUCUCGGCGCAGGGCGGCUACCGCGCGCCGGGGCCCGGGCCGGCGCACGCGCAAACGCACACGCACGCGCACGCGCUCCCGGCCGGCGGCGCGUCGUACCAGACGCCGCCGCGCCCCGCGCCCGCGGCCCGGCGUCCGGGCUACGAUCAGCCGACAGCCGGCGGCCCGGUCGCGGAGCGCGUCCACCCCGACUACCAGGAGCCGCGGGCGAAGCCGGCCGCCAGCGCCGCCUACGCGGCCCCCCGAGACUGCCUCCAACCCCUCAGCCCCACAGCCAUGACUGCUCUCUUGAUUUUAUUUAUUUGAGAGAGAGAGUGCACAAGCAGGAGGAGUGGCAGAGGAAGAAGGAGAAGUAGGCUCCCCCCGAGCAGGAAGCCUGAUGUGGGACUUGAUCCCAGGACCCUGGGAUCAUGACCUGAGCCGAAGGCAGACGCUUAACCAACUGAGCCACGCAGGCGCCCCAAAACUUAAUUCAGUUUUGGUAAAUUACAUUAUCUUUGAAAAGUUUUCAAAUUUAUUCAUAUAAAAUUAAAAUAGUUUUUUAUGACCCA